AUGUUAUAUGAAAUUGAAGUGAAACUGACUGAUUUACUUGAAAUAUUACAAACUUUACUGAGACGAAAGGAUAAAAAGUAUCAACAGCGUUUAUAUCAAGAGGAACGUAUACAAAAAGCAUUAGAACGUGCUAAAGCUGCACCGAAAAAACAAACUGGGCGUAGAUUAAUGACUCGAUCACAACCUCCUGUUAUACAUAAAUCAGAUGAUGGAAAACUUGAUGCAAAAGCUAAAGAAAUGAAAGAAUUGGCGUUCCUUUUCGAAUAA